AUGGCGUUCCCCUACAAAAACGUUCUCAUUAUUGGAGCCACCUCCGGCAUUGGCAAGGCGUUAGCCAACAAGCUGGUGCAGAAUGGUAUUCCAACCAUCAUUGCCGGGCGCAGGCAGGGAAACUUGGUUGACUUCGUCCAGCAACACGGCACCGACAAGGUCAAAUCAAAGGUCAUCGACGUCUUGCAACUUGACAAGAUCCCCCAGUUCGUGGCGGAUGUGAUUGAUGAAAAUCCCGACCAUGACUGCGUGUUUGUCAACUCCGGCAUUCAGCGCCCGUUUGACUUCAGCAAGCCGGAGUCUGUGGAUAUGGAUGUUUUCGACCAAGAGCUGAUCACGAAUUAUUCCUCGGCCGUGCGCCUCGCCAAGGCAUUCAUUCCCCACCUGCAGAGGCAAUCGACUGCUGCCAUCGCCUUCACCACCUCCCAGAUGGCCCUGGUUCCCAUGAAGCGCUGUCCCAACUACGGUGCCUCCAAGGCCGCGCUGCACCAUUUUAUUCUCGCCCUCCGAACGCAGCUUCAGGAUGGGCCCGGGAAUGUCAAAGUGAUAGAAAUCUAUCCCCCUGCUGUGCAGACGGAGUUGCACGACGCCAAGCACCAGCCUGAUCUCAAAGACGGCCAUCUCAUAGGUAUGCCACUGUGCGAGUUUAUCGAGGAUGUUUGGUGUCAGUUGUGCCACGGCAAGGAGCAGGUGGCCGUUGGUUCGGCGCGAGAGAUCUUCGAGGCGUUUGAGAUCAAGAGACAGGAGGUGUAUUAUCAAAUGACGGAGAUGUUAUCCAAGUUAUUGAGGCAGUUCUUGCGGUAG